ACCUCGUUUUUAAUCCAAAAUCACCUAAAUUAUUAUAAUUAUAAUUAAAAAAAAAAAAAAUCUGAAAUGUGAAGCAAUGGCGAUACUUCUGAGAAGUUUCCAAGUGCCGGCCACUCAUCUUCCACUCUUUUCCUUCCAAUUGCAGAAAUCCACCCUUCACUCUGACUCUCUUCAUUAGGCAAACUCACAAGAAACACAGAAACCUCUCUCUCUCUCUCUCUCUCUCUUAAAGGAUUCCCCUUCAAAUCUCCUGUAGAUCCAUAGUUUCUCCUUCAUCAGAUAUUUGAUUGUAGUAUCACAAGUUUGGGAGAUAUUCUGCUAGAAUCUCCAGCAUAUUCAGUGAUGCUACAUCUCCAUAGAAAUUGACUCAGAUGGGGCCCAUAGAGGAGAAGUUAGACCUUGAAUCUGAUGAGGACAUCUCUUUCGUGUUAUCACCUGUGAGGAGCAAAGUACAUUCUUUUGAUUUUGAGACAACCAUUGUGGGCUCUCAUGCUGAUGUGGUCAAUUCACGGGCUUUGAAGCGAAUACUAAUGAGCCCUCUUAGGAGUAUUUAUAUCGUCUUAAUUAAAGCAAAGAUUAACUUGCUGCUAGUGUUUGGUCCCUCAGCAAUUUUUCUACAUUAUUUUACUAGAAAUCAUGAAUGGGUCUUCUUCCUAAGCUUACUGGGCAUCAUACCUUUGGCAGAACGUCUAGGUUACACAACUGAGCAGCUUGCAUUCUACACUGGACCUACAGUUGGUGGUCUUCUAAAUGCCACAUUUGGAAAUGCAACUGAAAUGAUAAUAUCAAUUUAUGCAUUGAAGAGUGGGAUGAUAAGAGUUGUUCAACAAUCUUUGUUAGGUUCUAUCUUGUCAAAUAUGCUUUUGGUGCUUGGAUGUUCUUUCUUCAGUGGUGGGAUUGCUAAUCACAAGCGGGUUCAGAAAUUUAAUAAGGCGGCUGCUCUAGUGAAUUCUGGAUUGCUUUUGAUGGCUGUAAUGGGGAUAAUGUUUCCAGCUGUGCUUCAUUUCACACACACAGAAAUUCAUUUUGGCAAGUCAGAGUUGUCUCUUUCAAGAUUUAGUAGCUGUAUAAUGCUAGUGGCAUAUGGAAGCUACCUUUUCUUUCAACUCAAAAGUCAACAUAAUCUCUAUCGUCCCGUUGAUGAGCUGCAGGGAAGGGAUGAUGAACAACAAUUUUCUGAUGAAGAAGAGGCACCUGAAAUAACUUAUUGGGAAGCAGUUGGUUGGCUUGCGAUUUUAACUUCAUGGAUUUCUGUGUUAUCUGCAUACCUUGUUGAUGCCAUCCAGGGAGCAUCUGACACGUUGAACAUGCCUGUGGCUUUUAUUAGCGUCAUCCUGCUUCCAAUUGUGGGAAAUGCUGCUGAGCAUGCAAGUGCAAUAAUGUUUGCCAUGAAGGACAAGCUCGAUCUUUCACUUGGAGUUGCAAUUGGAUCUUGCACACAGAUAUCAAUGUUUGUGAUCCCCUUUUGUGUGGUCGUUGGGUGGCUAAUGGGACAACCUAUGGACUUGAAUUUUCAACUCUUUGAAACAGCAACCCUCUUUGUCACUGUGCUAGUUGUGGCAUUCAUGUUGCAGGAAGGGACAUCAAACUAUUUUAAAGGAUUAAUGCUCAUUCUCUGCUAUCUCAUAGUGGCAGCGAGUUUCUUUGUACAUGUUGAUCCUUCAAAUGGUGACUAAAGAUGCAUCGAUCUUAACAUCACUGGCUAAAGCAAAAUAUUGGCAAUGUUGUGUUGUAGACGGGAAUGUCACUAGAGGCAUUAUUUUAAAGAUCCUCUUCAUGAUCACGGAGAGCUAUACUUAAUAUUUGCUUCCUUUAUUCUUUUCAUGAUAUUCCUGUAUUAACGUAAGAAACGUUCGCCGUUGAUCCUUAGGUUCUUUUGUUCUUUUUCUUCUUUAAGUCUUUUUAAUAUAGUUUGUUAGUUUUUCAUGUCAAUGGAUGUGCUAUCUUGACAAUAUAUAGCUUUAGGUGGUGAUGAUUGAACCUUUUAUACAUCCUCCUAUGCUAUAUAUCAACAAAUUAUAUUACAAUGGAUUUGAUACUUGCCAAGUAUUCCAAGGCUUGGUGGCUAA